AUGGCACCUGGCGCAAUUCAGGUUGAGGCUGCGCCUGCGCCUGCGAGCAGCGGCACUUCUUUGAAGCCCACUGCCCGCUCGUUCCACCCUUCUGGCACUCCUGAUCCCUCCAAGUACCAUGCAUCCUCGUCCUCUGAGGCGACCGCAACGGAGGCCAAGUAUGCUGCUCACAACUACCACCCACUCCCAAUCGUGUUCGCUCGCGCAAGCGGGUGCAGCGUAUGGGAUCCCGAGGACAAGCACUACCUCGACUUUCUCUCUGCGUACAGCGCUGUCAACCAGGGCCAUUGCCAUCCUGAGCUUGUCAAGGCUUUGACUGAGCAGGCUUCGCGGUUGACACUCAGCAGCCGUGCAUUCUACAACGAUGUAUUCCCACGCUUUGCUGAGUAUGCUACCAAGCUUUUUGGCUUCGACAUGAUUCUGCCCAUGAACACGGGUGCCGAGGCUGUUGAGACCGCCGUCAAGAUUGCGCGAAAGUGGGGAUACAAGGUCAAGGGAAUCCCACAAAAUGAGGCUCUGAUCUUUUCUGUCGAGGAGAACUUCCACGGGCGAACAUUUGCGGCCAUUACCAUGUCCACCGACCCCGAGUCUCGCGAGAACUACGGCCCGUACCUACCGAACAUCGGAAGCGUCAACCCCUCGACGGGCAAGGCCAUUCGCUACAACAACGUGGACGACGUACGUGAAGUUCUCGAGAAGCACGGCAAGAACACAGCUGCAUUCCUUGUUGAGCCCAUCCAGGGUGAGGCAGGUAUCGUCGUGCCAGACGACAGCUAUCUGAAGGAAGUCCGAGCGCUCUGCGACAAGCACAACGUCCUUCUCAUCUGCGACGAGAUUCAGACAGGUAUCGCAAGGACAGGCAAGAUGCUCUGCCACGAGUGGAGUGGAAUCAAGCCAGACCUUGUUCUGCUCGGCAAGGCCAUCUCUGGUGGCAUGUACCCCGUGUCGGCAGUGCUUGGUUCGCGCGAAGUCAUGCUUACGAUUGAGCCUGGCACGCACGGCUCGACCUACGGAGGCAACCCAUUGGGUUCGGCCGUCGCCAUUCGUGCUCUGGAGCUCAUCCAGGAGGAGAACAUGGUCGAGCGUGCGCAGACAAUGGGCAACAAGUUCCGCGAGGGCUUGAAGAACAUCAACAACCCAAUGAUCACGACUAUCCGUGGAAAGGGUCUGUUGAACGCCAUUGUUAUCGACGAAAGCAAGACCAAUGGCCACAGCGCAUGGGAUUUGUGCAUGCUCUUCAAGGCCAAGGGUCUUCUGGCAAAACCCACUCACCAGAACAUCAUUCGAUUGGCACCACCCCUAGUCAUCACCGACGAAGAGAUUGAGAGCGCUCUCACAAUCAUCAAGGAGGCUAUGGAGGAGCUGCCAUCCCUCAAGGACGAGAAGGAGAAGGAGGUCAUUCCUGACGCCAGCGAGAAGAACGUCCACAUCGGAGUUGACAACUGA